AUGGCCCAACCCCAUGACCCUGUUCACAUUUACGAACACGAUGACAAGGGAACAACCCUCCUUCCCCAUCUAGCAUCUCAUUUACCGCUCUCAUCGGCACUUCUGCGCCGUAUUCAACAUGGAAUUGCCUACCCAGCACCCACUGCCAAGAUCUUAGUCACAUUCCCCCAAUCAGCCUCCCCAUCCCCUGACAGGCCAUGGCUGGCUGCGCGAGUGGAUCUCUUCCGGGGCCGCGAAACCCAGAUCAUCAUCUACUCCAGCCUUGAAGCGGAGCACACAUCAAUCCAGCCGAUCGGUUCAGCCCCAGCCCCCCCUGUCACCCCUAGUGACGGGUGUCCCUGUCCCAGUCCCGGCCCACCGGAGGCGGAAAGGGAAGCGGAAAACAAUCACGCCAGUCCCGGUCCCAAUUAUGUAGUAGCCACUCUCCACACGGCCUCCCCUGCUUUUCUGGAUCUGGCCCGUGCCCAACUAUUGGCUCUGCUAGCCUAUAUCAAAGCAAAUUUGUUACCAGAGUACCUUGCCUCCCUGCCAGCUGACUAUGGACAGCCAGCUGCGACGCAGUCGCCGAAUGGCGUUCCCUUGAUUCCUGCGCCGGAUCCGAAGGCUUUUCUUAUUGGGACUUUGCAUACGGGGUUGUUUACGUUGCUUUUGGAGUCGGGCGUUUUUCCGGUCCCUGAUGCUGAUGCCAGUCCGGUGCUCUUGCCUGGGUUGAAGGUACAUCGGUAUGAUAAUCCGCCGUAUAACAAGUAUUUCUUUUCGAGGGAUGCGUUUACGGUGCGGGAUGGGGCGGAGAUCCCGUUGCCGGAUGGAUAUCGGUAUCAUGAUGGGAAGGGACGGGUAGGGGUUUUGGAUGAGCAUUUGGAUCUUGUGCAGAGUCGGACUAGUAUUCCUAGAUCUAGGGCGCAACUGUCUACUAUGCCUGGUGUGGCGAUUUAUUGUGAUGAGUCUGCUGGGUCUGGUGAGGAAGAUGAAAUGCCUAUUGCGUGGGCUUUUCUGGGUCUUGAUGGGCCUUUGGCUACUUUGCAUGUUGAGCCUGAGCAUCGGGGGAAGGGUCUUGCGCUUUGCUUGUCGAAGGAGACUAUGCGAAGGGGUAUGGAUCCUGAUGGGGUGUUUGGGGCUGAUAGGCUUGGAUUCAUGGAUGAGAAGCUGCGACAGAAGACGACUGCUUGGGUGCAUACUGAGGUUGCGCAGGCCAAUAAGGCUAGUCGGAGGGUUAUGGAGAAGGUUGGUGGUGAGGUUUUGACAAUCGUGAUGUGGGUGGUGAUUGAGCUUUGUGAUUGA